AAACGUCUUAUAUUUAAAAAUAUUAACAAAGGAAAAAAAAGCCUAAAUCUCUUUUUCUCUCAUAUGUGCUUCUCUCCUCUCAGCCGCCCCCUUCAUCUUUCUCUCUAUUUCUCUCAAAUCAUAUCCUCUAGAGCUCCGUGUCUCCUCUAUCUUCUUCUCACACAUCCAUGGGAGACCACAGCUAGACUUGCAGUGGCGUGCGGUGGCUAGCAAUGGCGAUGUGCAGUGAUUCGCAGCGGCGACAUACGGUGGUCAUAGCGGCGAUUAGUCGACGAUGGGCAGAAGGGUGGAGCUGAAUAUCUUUGCCAUAGACACGGAGUGAUAAGGGAAAAGGAAAGCUUGACCAACAAUGAGUUAGAGAGCUUGGGUGGUGGCUUGUACAUACCUGGCAGCUCAUCCACCACGACCGAGGAUAUCUCAGAGGAACUAUGGUUGCAGCCCUAAUUUUGUCGCUUAGGUCGGUGGUAGAAUCAUGAGAAAAAUGUAAAAAGAAGAGAAAAUGGUGGAAAACGAAGCUCUUGGAGGUUGUUCGACUCAAAAUGAUGCCAACGAUGAGUAAAAGUCAGUUUGUGAUGAAGAAACGAGGUUGAAAGACUUAAUUUGAGAAAUAAUGGAAUUAGGGCUACGACUUGAGCUUAUAAGUUACGAAUCUAGACAAGUCAGAAACACAAGGCUACUAAAAGGAUUUAGUGCCGCAACUUGCCCUUAUAAGUCGCGGUGCAAGGGAAAGUCAGAGGCUAAAGCAACGGGACAUUAUGAACAUAGGCCGUGACUUGAGAUGCCUUAGUCAUGGUGCCUGAAGACUUAUGCAGAUUCGGAGAAGCUUCAAAAAUUGACAUGGGCUACGACCUAGAGAAGGCCAAGUUGCGGCCGGUAUAUGAAAAACAAAGCAUUUGUAAAUUUUUACUAUAAAUUCAGACUUAGGGUUUAACUAGGUCAUUAGGUCAUAUUUUACGUUUUUAGAGACUAAUUUUGAUUCUUAGACUAGUUGUUCUGCAUUUUUAUAUUUUUCUUUCUUCUUCAAAUUUUUUAAUCUUAUGUUUUUGAAUUAUUAUUUUGUUGAUUUAGUCAUGUCUGAUAUGAACUAAAUAUUUUUAUGUAGGGUUUAAUGUAGUCAUUUGGAAUUCUAUCUAAUUUAAUUAUGAUGUUCUAUUGAUUUUUCUUCUUUAUUCUAAUCUAUAUAAUUUGUGCUUAAUGCUAGUAAAUACUUGAUAAAUAUUUGCUUGAUUUAUGAUUUUGAUUCAAAAGUUGAAAGAUGAGAAUUGAAUAUGCUAUUGUUAUAUAGACAUAGGUUGCAUAUUGGAUGAAAGUACCUGUAUGGCUUGUUUAGUAAUUAGGUUUCUAUGCUUAAUGCCUGCUAUAUGUUUAUAUUUAUCAUAGAAAUGUAGAAAACCUGCAUAUAGGAUGAGAUCUUAUAUCUUGAAAAAGAAUAGGAAUUGAUUUAUGUUAACCUGCUAUUAGAAUAGGAAGAAAGAAAUUUAGAAUUGAUUAAUGAAAUAAGUAGAAUGAAAAGUUGAUGAAAUUAACACCCUAGGUCUUUUUUAAUAGUGAUUUUCAUCUUUUAAUUAGUUAUUUACAAUUUUAAAAGUAAAUUCAUUCAUCUAAAAUUUGUAUGCCAAAUAGAAAUUAAAGAAUAGGAAAUAGUCUUUGUGGGAACGAUACUCUAUUUUGUCAUCUAUAUUACUUGAAUCGAUUGCAUGCACUUGCGUACAUAUUUUCACGAUCAAGUUUUUGGCGCUGUUGCCGAGGACUAAAUUUCUAAUAUCAAAUUUAAUUGUUAUUUGUUCUAAUUUGGUUUCUAUAUUUUACACAUAUUUGGAUCGAGGUUGUUGUUUGUUUAAGGAAUUGUUGGUAUAUGCGAGGAAGUAGACAAAAGGCACUCAUAUCGAUAGAUCUUGAAAUUGAGAGAACGUGCAGAGAAAAUCGUAAGAUAAAGAAAAGGUUGGAUUUCAACAUGGCUGAGAAUGCAAAUAAUGGUGUGAACAACAAUGAAAAUAUUGGUAAUGCAGUUGAAGCUGAUUCACCAUUGAGAAGCUAUAUACUCCCUACUAUUACGUGGAUACAUUCAAGCAUUUGUCCACCUACUGUUGAGGCAAAUAAUUUUGAGAUAAAGCCCUCAAUUAUUCAGAUGGUAGAAAAUUGUGUACAAUUUGGGGGGUUACCAAAUGAGGAUCCAAAUCUCCAUAUCACAAACUUUUUAGAGCUGUGUGCGACAUUCAAAAUGAAUGGGGUGAGUAAUGAUGCUGUAAGAUUACAAUUAUUCCCAUUUUCACUAAGAGAUAGAGCUAAGAGUUGGUUGAAUUCAUUACAAGCCAACUCUAUAGUUACUUGGGAAGAUUUGGCUCAAAAAUUCCUUGGUAAAUAUUUUCCUCCUGCGAAGUCAGCCAGAAUAAGAGGAGAGAUUAAUAAUUCCCAUCAGCUAGAUGGGGAGUCUUUAUAUGAUGCAUGGGAAUGUUUUAACGAGUUGAAAAGGAAAUGCCCACAUCAUGGAAUAGAAAAGUGGCUGCUGGUUCAUACAUUUUACAAUGGUUUGGGUGGAAAUACAAGGAUAAUUAUAGAUGCAGUGUCGGGAGGAGCAUUUAUGAGAGAAAGCACUAAUGAAGCAUAUGAAUUAUUGGAAGAGAUGGCCAUGAAUAACUAUAAUUGGCCUACUGAGCGUAAGAAUAAGAAAGUAGCAGGAGUCUUAGAGGUUGAUCCAAUUGCUUUACUGACUGCUCAAGUGGCAUCUCUAACCAAGCAAUUACAGUAGAAUAACCUUGCCGUACAAGCAAUGCAGAUGCAGAAUGUCAUGAGUUGUGAGAUUUGUGGGGGACCACAUUCUUAUGAACAAUGCCCGAGCACAACUAGUUGCUCAACAGACAUGAAUAAUAUGCCUUCGGAACAGGAAUAGGUUAUUGGUAACUUUUCAAGACCUGUACCCAAUACCUACUCCAAUUCAUAUACUCUUGCAUGGAAAAAUCACCCUAAUUUGUCUUGGAAAAUUAAUCAGGGGUUACAACCAUAGCAUCCACCUCAACAACCCCCUUAUCAACCGACUUAUGGACUACAUACUAGACCGUAUUAUGAUCCAAACCCACGCCCAUCUCAUCCACCACCAUAUCCUCCAAUGAAUAAACCAACAACACAACCUGAAGUACAACUCGACAUACUGAACCAGUUUAUGACUUAAACCAGGGCAUCUAUCAAGAAUUUGGAGACACAAAUACGUCAAUUGGUUAAAAUGUUUUCUAGUAGACAACAAGGGAAUUUUCCUAGUUCUAUAGAGGUAAAUCCUAAAGGGCAGUGUAAUGCAAUAUCCUUGAGGAGUAGGACUAAGUAUGAUGGUCCUACAGUGGAUGAGAAGGGGAAGAAGACAAGAGAUCAACAUGUUACUAGUCCAGCACAGAGGAGGCUACUGAAGACCUUCCAAUGAUAGAGAUGUAGAGUCCAAGAAUUUUACUUAGCUAGUUAGAUAGUAGUAGUAGUAGUAAUAGCUAGUAGUAGUUAUAGUAUGUUUAUGACUUUGGAUUUUGGUUCAAGUCGAGACUUAGUUGAACACUCGUAGCAACAUUUACAGAUUUUAUAAGUUUAACCUAUAAUUUAAGAAUAUUAAUUAUAACAUAAGGUUUGAUUAAUACAUCUGAUUAUAAAGAUGAUAUUUAUUAUACUAUAAGGUUUAGAUAGAACCAAUAAGACCAUGACACUUGUCAUGUGCAUAUUUAUUGAGAAAUUAAGUAUUUUUGAGGAAUAGUUUUAUAAGAGAAAUACUUGAAAACCCCAGAAUUUGCCAGCAGAUUUAAAAUCGUUAUAUGACUCAGUCAAAGCUGUUUACUCAAUUCAAAUUAGGCUGAAAAAGUGCAAUUACGUGUAUAAUAUUUCAGCGUAUGCCCGUAUAUCGCAGCUCUAGGGGCGAUAUAUCGCCACACAGGGAAUACGAAAGCAUGUAACUUUGCAAGAACGCUCUUGACGAGCCUCAGGGAUAUAUUGCCUACCAUGGGCGAUAUAUCGGCUCUAGGGCAAGAUUUUUAAAUGGUUUUGAAACCAAGCUCAAUUCAACACUAAACCUCUUAGCAAGCCUCUGAAUCUUUUGACCGAGUCUUAAGUCUCUGCUGAACGAAUAUUCAAAUGUUUUUCAAUUAAAAUUCAUUAUUUUUAUUCAAGCUAAAAGAAGAUCUUUUCAUCCUUGAACUCUAUAAAUAGGACCUAGUACCCAACCAUUUCUUUCAGAGUCUUCAAGCUGCUAGGUUUACUUUAGAGUGUUAAACACUUGGGUCGGGGUUAUAAGCUUUAUCAUCUUAAGCUUAUUAAACACUUGGGAAAUAAGGUUAAUAGUGUAUUUUUUGAUAUCAAGGUGUAGUUCGAUUCUAGUGCAUUCAAAGGUAUUCCUAUUCCUACUUUAUUAUUGUAUGUUUCAUUAGUUUCUUAUAGUUUUCUUUACUCAAAUCCUAACUCAAUAU